ACACCAAGGGUCAUGUCUGUGAUAUCUUCCCUUGCCUCUGUGGGCAUGGCGAUUGGACCACCUCUGGUCUAUGCUGAUCAGGCUUAUAGUAUUGUGAAGAAGAAAGACUCAUCCGGCUUCUCGCAUGACGUCUGUGGGGUGGUCAUCAUAGCAAACAUUACCAGGAUAUUCUUCUGGCUCGGUAACAGAUUUGAAACUCCUCUUCUCGUCCAGUCCAUCCUCCUCAUCGUCUCCCAGCUCUUUCUCCUCGCUCUCUGCCUCCACUACGCCCCAUUGGAUCCGGAAUCAGUACAAGAUUACGCCCCAUUAUCGCCGUUACCUGACUCAGGUCAUUUCGACGCUACGGAAUCUCAUGAAGACGCAGACUAUCUCGACAGACCACUACAUACUGGUCCAGCCAAGUCUUUGACCGUGGGCACAAAGCGGCCUUUCGACUUCUGGCAAUGGGAGUCUCUGGGAAGCUAUCUGGAGUUCCUAGCUGCCCUCAUUGUGGUGCUAGGAAUCGCUCAAAUUAUAUUCGGAAGAUGGAUGUGGUACAUAGAUGCGCUCGGUUUCAUCGCUCUCUUCAUAGAAUCUACACUCCCCAUUCCACAAUUCAUCGCCAACUAUAGACUCAAAUCGACAUAUGGCUUGAGAGCCAGUACACUUGCAGGCUGGUUCUUCGGAGACUCCUUCAAAACGGGAUACUUUUUCCUGCGUCAAUCUCCCAUUCAGUUCAAGGUGACGGCCAUCAUGACUGUGUGCUGGGACACAGCGGUUUUCGCACAGAGGAUGAUCUAUGGGGCUGAGCCACCCAGAGAUCAGCUUGCCGGUAGAGCUAAUGCUGAAGAUUGAUGUAACUGCUUUCGACGGUGAACCCCACAUCCAUCAAUAUCAGCAUGGCAAAACUUCGCG